GAUUCCUAGAGCGGAGCGGGCAAGCGCGGGUUCGCCGCGCGUGAGGCUUGACAGAGCCCUGGAGAACACGUCGAGGUAUGGAUGAUGUUGGCUCUCGGAAGGCCGAGGAACUUAGGUGACCUCGCCUCUCUAGCGGCCUCGCGACGCUGCCAGGGAGUCGUGUGCGGUUUCUCGAGACCAUGGAGAGUCAAAGCCUCCGGGGUCGCCCGUGGGCGCGGCCCCUGGCAAUGGCGAGCUAGGCGGCUAUUGGCCUAGUGUGUCGUCGGUACCCGGUCGAUCCUGGCUGGGCCUUGGGUUCAACUGAAUGAGCACCGGAAACUGGGAACGGGUGGAAUCAGGAGCGUGGACGCAUCCACGCCAAUCAGCCGACGGUGCAGGGAAAGAGCAACCUAAAUGUAGGAUGUUUUUGGUGGUCUAGUGUCAGAAGUUAUAUCUCCAGUCACAGCAAUGAUUCCCUUCCAAGCCCAGUGGUGCCCGAUUACCUCCAGGUCUCAGACCCCUACCUGGACAACAAAAGCUUACUGAGGAAAUGGUAAUUCUCCAGUUGCUCCCUGAGGUGUCAAGCAUCCAGUUGCAGCCCAUGGAGAUCCAGUUCAAUUAUGAAUCUCAAGAACACCACCUUCUGUCAGAUGGUGAGACUAAGACCAAGAUUCAAGAGCUGGCUUCAGAGGAGGAAAUUACUGCAAAACCUAAACCAUUGACUGAAGAGUGUGGAAACCCCAAAGACAACGUUCUCCAGGAUUCUGAAUGCAGAGAAUUCUGUGAAUUGGUAGAUAAAUUAAAUGAAAAGGAUCAGAACCUCUUUAAAAGAAGACAGCAUAGCUGUGAUGAAUGUGGACAAAGCUUUGCUUGGAGUACAGGCCUUAUUAGGCAUCAGAGAACCCAUUGGGAGAAACCCUUUGAAUGUGGUAAGUGUGGAAAGGCAUUUAGUAUGAGCUCAGCCCUAGUUCUGCAUCAGAGAAUUCAUACUGGGGAGAAACUCUAUCCUUGUAAUUGGUGUAUUAAAAGUUUCAGCCGCAGCUCAGACCUUAUUAAACACCAAAGAGUCCACACUGGUGAAAAACCUUAUAAAUGUGAUGAAUGUGGGAAAGCCUUCAGUCAGAGCUCCGAUCUUAUUAUACAUCAGAGGAUCCAUACAGGCGAAAAACCCUAUCAGUGCAGUCAUUGUAGUAAAAGUUUUAGCCAGCGCUCAGACCUGGUUAAACAUCAGAGAAUCCAUACUGGAGAGAAGCCUUAUACAUGUAACCAGUGUAACAAACAUUUUAGUCAGAGUUCUGAUGUUAUAAAACAUCAAAGAAUCCACACUGGUGAGAAACCAUAUAAAUGUGACGUGUGUGGAAAAGCCUUUAGUCAGAGCUCAGAUCUUAUUCUACAUCAGAGAAUUCACACUGGGGAGAAACCAUAUCCAUGUAAUCAAUGUAGCAAAAGUUUCAGUCAGAACUCAGACCUUAUUAAACAUCGAAGGAUCCACACUGGAGAGAAACCUUAUAAAUGUAGUGAGUGUGGGAAAGCUUUUAAUCAGAGCUCAGUCCUUAUUCUGCACCAGAGAAUUCACACUGGAGAGAAACCCUAUCCCUGUAAUCAGUGUAGCAAAAAUUUCAGUAGACUGUCAGAUCUUAUUAAUCAUCAGCGAAUUCACACUGGAGAGAAGCCUUACCCAUGUAACCAGUGCAGUAAAAUGUUUAGUCGAAGAUCAGAUCUUGUUAAACAUCAUAGGAUUCAUACAGGUGAGAAACCCUAUGAAUGUGAUGAAUGUGGGAAAACAUUUAGUCAGAGCUCCAACCUUAUUCUACAUCAGAGAAUCCAUACUGGAGAGAAACCCUAUCCAUGUAGUGAUUGUACUAAAAGUUUUAGUCGUCGUUCAGAUCUUGUUAAACAUCAAAGAAUACACACUGGAGAGAAACCAUAUGCAUGUAAUCAGUGCAAUAAAAGUUUUAGUCAAAGCUCAGACCUCACUAAACAUCAGCGAGUCCACUCUGGGGAAAAGCCCUAUCAUUGUGAUAGUUGUGAGAAAGCCUUCGGUCAGAGUUCUGACCUCAUUCUUCAUCAGAGAAUUCACACUGGAGAGAAACCAUACCCAUGCACACAGUGCAGCAAAAGUUUCAGUCAGAACUCAGACCUUACCAAACACCAAAGAAUCCAUACUGGGGAAAAACCACAUAAAUGUAAUGAGUGUGGAAAGGCCUUCAGUCAGUGCUCAGCUCUUAUCCUACAUCAGAGGAUCCACACUGGGGAGAAACCAUAUCCAUGUGAUCAGUGUGGCAAAAGCUUUAGCCGGCGCUCCGAUCUCAUUAAUCAUCAAAGAAUCUACAUUGGCGAAAAGCCAUAUAAAUGUGAUACAUGUGGGAAAGCCUUCAGCACAUGCACUGAUCUUAUUGAACACCAGAGAAUUCACACCAGGGAGAAACCCCACAGAUGUGUUCAGUGCAGUAGAAAUUUUACCCAGCUCUCUGAUCUUACUGAUCAUGAGAAAGACCAUUCUGCCCAAGAGUAUAAAUGUAAUGAAUGUGGGAAAACCUUUAGUGUAUAGGCCAACUUUAUUCAGUACCAGAGACACUAUACCAGAAAAAAGUCUUAUGAAUGCUAUUGAUUAUGAAAAAGGUUUUAAUCAAUGCUCAAUUGAUUAAAACUCUUGUGCUACAUUAAAAACAAAGUCCAUAUUGGAGAGAAAACAUUAAUUCCAUUUUUAUAAUGAAAUUUUAACUCAGAGCUCAGACAUUACAAACUUAAGAAAAUUUCUGAGAAGGAAUCCUAUGAGUUGUGGGGAAACAUUCAAUGUGCAUAAAAAUUUUAUUAAAUGUCAACAACAAUGGAAAAAAAUUCAUUAUCUGCUAUAAUGUAAGAAAAGCUCUAGUCUUACUCAAAUACGAUCCAAAAGAGUUUUAUCACUGUAAGAAAUAUAUAACAACAUUAAUGCAGAACCUUGUCACGUAUUGUAAAAAUCAGUGUUGUGGGGUGGGCAAUCAGAAUGCAGAAAUAUAUUAGUGCUAUUCACUCGAACUCUUCACUCGAGCCCAAAUUACUUACUGUGUAUCAGAGUAUUUUAGAUAAUGUGGGGAAAAUAUAAAUCCCUUCCAUAUUUUAAUUGGCAUUCACACUGAUAUUACACUUAUCUCCUCACAGCUGGAGAGCUCUACCUUAUGCUAACCCUAAUUAAAUUCCAUGUGUGUGAACAUACUAUGGUAUUUUGGUACUAAAUUUAUUAACUACAUAAUUCCAGUGGCCCAUUUUCUCAGAAUUUUUUUUUCUUGGCCUGGUUUUGGUUUUCAUAGUGAGAAUGAGUUUUCAAGUUCCUGUGAUGGUCACAGAAAAUAUGGAUAUAUUUUGCUCUCAAUAAUGAAACCCAUAAACUUUAGUGGUUUGAAAUCACUUCUCCAAUACUACCAUUUAAUCACAUCUUCUAAAUAUGUGAAACAAUUUUUAAAAAAUGAACUCCAUAUGUCAAAGUGAAGAUUACUAUCUAUCUUGUCACCUAUAGAUUGAACGAUAGCUGAAGUAAUAUCCACAUGACUAAUUUGUAUAGCAUAUUCUGUCUAAAACAUACCUAUUGAUUUUAAGUGGCAACAUUCAUCAGACUCUUUUGAUUUCUGACAUACGUAUUGAUAGUAAGCUAUAUGCAGUUUUCAACUGAAAAAUAGAAAGCUUUUUAAAAAAUAAAAAUUCAAAUUGUCUUUCUGGUUUAGUGUCAUCUGUAAAACAGAAGAUUACUAGGUAUGGUUGUAGUAGUUAUAUUUCUGUAUUUUGCUCUCAAGCUAAUGGAAAGCCAUUAGGGUCUUUGAUCUAGGGAAUGACAUGAUCAUCUCCCUGCUUUAAGAAGAGUCUAAGAUUAAAAGGAGGAAAGAGACUGGCCCGGCCCGGUGGCUCAGGCGGUUAGAGCUCCAUGCUCCUAACUCUGAAGGCUGCCAGUUCGAU